GCGGGCGCGGCGUCGCAGCGGUGACGUCAGGCGGGCGCCGCGCCGCGGAAGGCCCCCGGGCGGCGGCGGCGGCGGCGGGGCGGUCCCGCGCGGUGCCGGUGCCCGGUGCCGCCAUGGCGGGCCGGUGCCCGCUGGUUGAGGACAGCUUCAGCCGCUUGGCCUCGCAGAGCAACGUGUACGGGCUGGCGGCGCUGGCGGGCGGGGAGGGCCCCGGCGGGCUCCUGGCGGCCGCGCUGAAGGGCAAGGUCAUCUACUUCCGCUACCACGACCUGCGGCAGCGGCUGCGGCCCGUCGCCAGAGAGCUGCAGUUCACCUACAUCCCGGUCGACGCCGAGAUUGUCUCCAUCGACUCGUUCCCGAAGUCGCCGCCGCAGCGCGGCCUCGUCGUCGGCAUCACCUUCAUCAAGGACUCUGGUGACAAGGCCAGCCCCUUCCUCAACAUUUACUGCGACUACGAGCCCGGCUCGGAAUAUGACCUCGACUCCGUGGCGCAGAGCUGCCUCAACCUGGAGCUGCAGUUCACCCCCUUCCAGCUGUGCCACGCCGAGGUCUGCGUCGGCGGCAGAACCGAGACGGUGUUUCUGCUGAGCGGGAACGACCCCUGCGUCCACCUGUACAAGGAGGUGAGCGGAGCCUCCCCCGCCGCAGCGCCCGCCCGCCCCGCUUUGCCCCCAUUGCCCGCCUUUCUGCCCCGCUUUUCACGGACUCAAACCUCCACCUGGACCCCAAACCCCCGCCAAGGACCCCAAACCCCCGCCAUUUAG